UUGAUUAGGAAGUUUCGUGAAAAUUAACGCUGUUAAUGUUUAAGCAGUCAAGCUAUUUGGAUCAGAAUCCUUAGCACCUAAGAUUUCUUGGUUUUCUUUCUCUAUAAACAUCUCCAACUCUUGAUCCAAACUCAUAUAAAGACAUAUGGCUAACCAAGGUAAAGAAGAAAAGAUUGAUUAUUUCUACAUGUUACCUGAAGGAUGUCUAGCACAUUCGAUCUCCUAUACUACACCUGUGGAUGCCUGCAGGCUGAGACUAGUAGCUUCGAGUGUCCGUGUGAUCGCUGAUUCUGAUGCUGUUUGGGAGCGAUUCCUUCCAUCGGAUUAUCAACAACUCAUUUCCAGGGCUGUGCCUGAUGAUCAGGGACUCCUUCAUUAUAUGCUGGCCUCAGCUUCUAAGAAGGAAUUUUAUAUAUUUCUAUGUGAUCAGCCUUUGGUCAUUGACAACGGUGCUCUGAGCUUUUCCCUGGACAAGCCAACAGCGAAGAAAUGUUUUAUGAUAGCCGCCAGUGAGCUCCAAAUAACAUGGGGCGACUCUCCUCUGUACUGGAGUUGGAAAUCGGAUCCCGAAUCAAGAUUCACAAAGGUUAUAGAGCUGAUGGAUGUUUGUUGGUUUGAAAUUUGUGGAAAGAUAGACACUUCGUUGUUGUCUCCAGAUACCGCUUACACAACAUUUCUUGUCUAUAAGGCAUCAGGAGACCUCUCGGGCUUCAAGGACCAACCAAUAGAAAUUUCGGUUGGGAUCUCUGGCGAAGACAGCAUGAACCGCAUUGUUUAUCUGGAUCACAGUGUUGAGGUUCAACGCGGAACUACCACCUUACCUAGGCGAAGGGGUUUGUUCCAUAGAUUUAGAGCCAAACAACAAAGGCCUCAAGCUGCUGUGUCUCAAGUUGCUGAAAAUCGAUAUCCAGUGAUAAGGAAAGACGGAUGGUUGGAAGUUGAAUUGGCCGAGUACUAUAACAAGGACUUGGAGAACACGGAACUGGAGAUUAGUUUGAGGGAAGUGAAAAAAUUGAACUGGAAAAGGGGUCUCGUUAUUCAAGGGAUUGAGAUCCGGCCUAAGGUAGUAACGUAACAGUUAAAUCGACAUUUUGUCUAUCAUCUGUGUUCUGUAUUUUAUAUGAAGCACUGGAUUUCACAUUAAGCCAUUGUACUUCUGGCACCAGUUAUAUCAAAUGUAUCACUAGUUACAUUAUAUGUCAUUAAUGAUAAUAUAAAUAUUUGCUCUUAUACUAU